GCUGCGUAGGCUGCCAUGGCGGCGUGUGCGCAGGCGGCGGCCCUCAGCACCGAGCAGGCCAAGGCCGUGCUGGCCGAGGUGAUCAAGGCCUUUGGGUCGCCCGAGAACGCGCAGCGCAUGGACGAGGCUCGGGAUAACGCCUGCAACGACAUGGGCAAGAUGCUGCAGUUUCUGCUGCCGGUGGCCACGCAGAUCCAGCAGGACGUGAUCAAAGCCUACGGCUUCAGCAACGACGGCGAGGGGGUGCUGAAGUUCGCUCGGCUGAUCAAGUCCUACGAGUCGCAGGACCCAGAGAUCGCCAGCAUGUCGGGCAAGCUGAAGGCCCUGUUCCUGCCGCCCAUGACACUGCCCUCGCACGGGGCCAGCACAGGUGGAGUUGCCACCUCCUGAGCCUGUGGAGCUCUCCUGCCCCACCACCAGGUCACGCAGUUCUGGCUGCUGGUGGCCCCCGUCCAAGGUGUGGGCUCUAUCAGCCCCGGCAAUUGGAGCCCUUCAAGCAAGGGACUCUUCCGCGGUGCUUUGUG